UACUCAUACAUCACGCUCCCGCCUCGAGCGCGCGCCGCGCUGGCGGCUCUUCUUGGCGUGACGGAAGUGGCGUCACGGCGUCAACAUGUAAGAUGGCGACGCAUCACAGGCAGAAUGCAGCGGGGCGCAGGAAAGUGCAGGUGUCAUAUGUGAUCAGAGAUGAGGUGGAGAAAUAUAACCGUAAUGGAGUCAACGCACUACAGCUGGAUCCAGCUCUUAACCGGCUCUUCACCGCCGGACGAGACUCCAUCAUCAGGAUAUGGAGUGUCAACCAGCACAAGCAGGAUCCGUACAUUGCAUCGAUGGAGCACCACACAGACUGGGUCAAUGACAUCGUCCUGUGCUGCAAUGGCAAAACACUGAUAUCAGCGUCAUCAGACACUACAGUGAAGGUCUGGAACGCACAUAAGGGCUUCUGCAUGUCAACACUGCGAACGCACAAGGACUAUGUGAAAGCAUUGGCAUAUGCUAAAGACAAAGAGCUGGUGGCUUCGGCCGGGCUGGACAGACAGAUCUUCCUCUGGGAUGUGAACACACUCACAGCACUGACCGCUUCCAAUAACACUGUCACUAGGUCGCUGAAAAGGACAAAUGCAGAUGUUUCUUCAUCUACAACGUCUUCUCUCAGCGGGAACAAGGACUCCAUCUACAGUUUGGCCAUGAAUCAGAUGGGGACGGUUAUAGUGUCGGGAUCCACUGAAAAGGUUCUGAGAGUGUGGGACCCGCGCACAUGUGCCAAACUAAUGAAACUGAAAGGACACACAGACAACGUCAAAUCACUGCUGCUGAACAGAGAUGGAACUCAGUGUCUUUCAGGGAGUUCGGACGGGACGAUCCGGCUGUGGUCUCUGGGUCAGCAGAGGUGUAUCGCCACGUACCGCGUUCAUGACGAGGGCGUCUGGGCGCUGCAGGUCAACGAGGCCUUUACGCACGUUUACUCCGGGGGCCGCGACCGGAAGAUAUACUGCACUGACCUGCGCAAUCCAGAUAUCCGUGUGCUGAUCUGCGAGGAGAAAGCGCCUGUGUUGAAGAUGGAGCUGGACAGGUCAGCUGAUCCGCAUUCGGCCAUCUGGGUUUCCACCACAAAGUCCGCGGUUAAUAAAUGGUCUCUGAAGGGUAUCCAUAAUUUCCGAGCGUCUGGAGAUUAUGACAACGACUGCAGCACUCCGCUGACGCCGCUGUGCACACAGCCCGAACAGGUUAUUAAAGGUGGCGCCAGUAUAAUUCAGUGCCACAUUCUGAAUGACAAAAGACACAUUCUGACCAAAGACACCAACAAUAAUGUGGCAUACUGGGAUGUGCUUAAGGCUUGUAAAGUUGAAGACUUGGGGAAGAUGGAGUUCGAUGAAGAGAUCAAGAAAAGGUUCAAGAUGGUUUAUGUGCCGAACUGGUUUUCGGUGGAUCUGAAGACAGGGAUGUUGACUAUAACGCUGGACGAGAGCGACUGUUUUGCGGCCUGGGUUUCUGCUAAAGACGCCGGAUUCACCAGCCCUGACGGAUCUGACCCUAAACUGAAUCUGGGUGGGCUGCUGCUCCAGGCUCUGCUGGAAUACUGGCCCCGCACACACAUCAACCCCAUGGACGAGGAGACCGAACUGAAUCAUGGGAGCGUGAACGGUGAACAUGAGAGCCGGAUACAGAAAGGAAACGGAUAUUUUCAGGUGCCGCCACACACUCCGGUGAUUUUUGGGGAAGCGGGAGGAAGGACAUUAUUCAGGCUGUUGUGUCGAGACUCCGGUGGAGAAACCGAGUCCAUGUUACUCAACGAGACGGUGCCGCAGUGGGUCAUCGACAUCACCGUGGACAAAAACAUGCCCAAAUUCAACAAAAUCCCAUUCUACCUCCAGCCCCAUUCAUCCUCCGGAGCGAAGACAUUGAAGAAGGAUCGGUUGUCGGCCAGUGACAUGUUACAGGUGAGGAAGGUGAUGGAACACGUGUACGAAAAGAUCAUCAACCUCGACAGCGAGUCGCAGACGGGCGGUUCGACCGGAGAGAAGCCCAGCGAACAGAAGGAGGAGGAGGACAUGGCAGUACUGGCGGAGGAGAAGAUCGAGCUGCUCUGUCAAGACCAGGUUUUGGAUCCCAACAUGGACCUGCGAACGGUGAAGCAUUUCAUCUGGAAAAGCGGCGGAGACUUGACGCUUCACUACCGGCAGAAAUCCACGUGAGGUCCCGCCGUGAACCCGCAGCGGAUCCAUUCGUAACACUUCACAUUCAAAGCACACGCUCACCUGCACUUCCUGUUCCGUCUGACGUCCACAUCAUCUUCCUCGCACAGGCCGCUCGGCGUCACGCAUGUUUAUCCCGGUGUAAACAGGCAGGGAUCUGUGGAGAAGCGCUCACGGAUGGCUAAAAGACGAGACGUGAAGGACAGUGGAGUUUUUUGAAGUUUGAGUGUUCCUGUACGUUUUCUUCUUUUCUCUCUCGACGGAUGCCGUUCUGAACAUGUCCGACUGCUCGAGUCGUUUGGGUUUUGUUUUGGUUUCUCCUCUUCUCAUUUAACAUUCCAGUGAUGUGUUUGUUGCCAAUGACGUCAUCAAAUCCCUCUCGCAGCAUGACCGGAAAACUAAGUCGAAGCCGAGGAUGGCGUCUGGAACUGGUCUAGAACAAUCAUGAGUCUUUAAGGAACGCAUCCGACGUCCGAUAAAACUCCAAGAACGCCGUUUCCCAUGAUGCAUCUCUCUCACUAACGUGCUGUGAUCAUCAGUGCAUCCAUUUUUGUACAUAUAUUGUAAUUAUUUUGUAGUCAACUUGAACUUGAGUUGGAGAUUAGGAGGUUUUUAUUUACUUUUUCUUUUUAAGAAAAUGUACGGUAUCUUCAAAAAGGUGCUUUUUCAUGUAAAAUAUGAUGACCGAAGUAUAGAGAGAGAAAAUACUCAUAACAUAAUAAGCGGUAAUAGUUUUUUUAAAAGGAAUAAUUCACCCAAAAUUGAAAAUUCUAAUGCAUUUGUUGAAUUUUUAAUAAAUAUAUACUGUUAGGUGGAAAAGAUCUGCAGCAAGAUUAAAAACGGGCGAUGACCAUUUUCACUUUUGGAUGAAUUAUUCUUUAAUACAGAUUGUUUGCUGCUGAGCGUUAUCUUUCCUUCCUGUGCAUGGACAGGAAAAUACACUAAAAUAAAUACAUAUAUUAAAAAAAAAAAAAAAACUAUUGACGGAUGACAUCAUUGGAUGGCAAACUGUUCAUGUUUUUAAUUUAUGCAACUAAAACUGUUCUGCAAACGUUUGUCAAUCAUACAAAGAUUUGCACAGUAUUCUAACAAAAUGUAUUAAUGUAUAUAUUUGGUCUUAAAGACAAAUAAGAUGAUAAUUAUAGUCAUACAAAACCAUCAGAAACGAAAUUGAGAGACAAAACUGAAGUGCAAAUUAAAGGCUUUCUGAAAGGUGUCCUCACCCCCUGUAUUUAUGCUUCCUGUGUUGAUUGUAAUUAUAUGCAGUAUAUUUUGGGUAAAUAACAGCUUAAUAAAUGAACCAAUAAGGAAUGAGUUUAAAUGCACACUUUUUCUUGAGAAGAUCAACAGUUGGAUCCGGGCAGCAGGUCAUGUGUGUGUUUGAAUGACAUCCUCCUGAUGUUUACCUGCUUUACUGGAGAUCUGGUUUUACAGGCUCAUCUGGUUAUUAAAGAACUCAAAUAAACCAAUAUGAUUGUU